AACUAUUUCUCCUUUUCAAUUGUUUUCUCACGUUCCCUUUUCUUUUCUUCUUCUUUCCAUUGUUCUCCCCGGGCUUGUUGUAGCCCCAUCCCCUAACCCUAGUUUUCAACAUGUCAAAUAACCACCAUAUAUCACAACGUUUCCCGUCUACCUCACUCAUAUUGCUUCGACCGCCACUCUUGCAGGUCUCUAGUCCUCUUGCCUGCACUCUAUUUCUAUCUUUUUAGGUAAACAACUUCUAAUCUUUUCCUCUACAUAUUCUAAAAAAGAAGAAAUUUUAUGUUUUCAUUCAAAUCAAUUACGUCCAUUGGAUUUUGUUGCUUCAGCUAGUGAGUCAAACCCGCUCUCUCCCAUAUGGAGAGUCAAAUUUCAAUUUUAUCCCCAUUAAUGAAUUUUUGUUGUUUUAGUAGUUCUUAUAGAAUUUUUGAAUUGAGAGGUUUUGUCAUGCUUGUGUAUGUAUUGUGAAGUCUUUAGCUUUUAUGUUGUGGUUAAGGAAAAUCGGUGCGUUUGAGAGGUGGUGGUUUAAUGUUUCUGUGUGUGCAGGGAAGUUUUUAUCAUUAUUCCGUGGUUGUCUAAAAUUGGUGCUUUUGGGAUUGUGUACAUGAGAUGCAUCUAGUUGAUAUUCAAUGGAAAUAAUGGUUGAAGUUGAGGAUAAUGAUGAUGGGAAGCUUGAAUGAAGACAGUGAGGUUGAGAGAAGUUCUACUUUGUCUUCACUCCUACGAAUUUCCAACCCAACUGUGUACAAAUAUUCAGGAUGUCGAGAAUACUUGAUAAGGUUUCUUAUGGGACAACACUUACUGUAUCCAUUAUAAUUGUUUACGCUGCAAUAAUUGCUCUUAUUACUAGCAGCCAGAGCAAGGAGGACAAUCGCAUAUGACAUGGAGACAAAUCUUAUGAUUUAGAAUUCACUUUCUUCAUUAAUCCAGCAGAUUUAUUAUGGUAAUUAUUUACUUGUCUUUAUUAUGUGAGCCAAAAUGGAGGAAAUAGAAGUGUCAAGUUCCAUCUUGUGUCAUGUUUGGAAGACUUUUUAAUGAGAUGGGUAGAUAGAAAGACUAAUGAUUUUGUGCUUAUGAGAGUUUAAGUUAUAGAUAAGUUAUGUCAUCUAAUAAGAUUUUGUUCAUUGAACUAUAUUCUGUUCAAAAUUAUUGAGUAAAGGGCUAUACCAGCUGUACAACUUGUACAUGACAGUUUGUUGAUAGAAAACCUUGUUUAUACCUUAGAAGUUUCUGCCUCUUACUCUAAUACCCUUUUCAGGUAGUUGAAAGCACAUACUUAUGGUCAUUGCAUAAAAAUAUUUUGAAUUUGAUAAUGACCAGAAAGUUAUGGUGAAAGCACAUAAGAGUCAUGUUAUUGUCUCUUGGUAAUCAUAUUUCUGUUAUAAUUAAAAAUUCAAUCCAUUUAUUUUGUAUCUGCUUAAAAUAUUAGGUAUGCCUUCAGGUCGAAACUUUAACUUGAUCAUGAAGGGACAAUUUAUUAUUCCAUCAAUCCUAUGUGGAUAAGAUCAACAACUACAAGUGAGAUUUUGCUUUAUGAUAUAAUUUGUUGGUUAGGCUAUGUUCACAAGUACUAAUACAUUCCAUUACUAUGAUUGCCUUAUUACAUGAGUAUGAAUUAUAUGUAAAUAUAUUUUGACAUGUUAUUUAUAAUUAUAGCUGAUAUUUUAGAACAUUCAUUAUUGUUGUUGCAUUUCAAAUUUUCUACGUGUUUGGUUUUUUUUUUUCCAGGAAAUAGAUCAUCAUUACUCAAAGGGUUGGCCUAGCGGUGGAGGCUUGGGUCUUGAGAGUGUGCUCCUCUCAAGGUCCUGAGUUCGAAUCCUGCUAGGUGCUAUCAAUCCUUGCGUGGGCCAGUCCAUACAGAACGUUGUUCUGGCUUUAAACGGGGCCCCCUCUAGUGGACGGUGGGAUUGGUCCCUCUUGGAUUAGUCGGUCGCAAGGCCGGAUACCAAGAUUUCCAAAAAAAAAGAUCAUCAUUACUCAAAGGGGAAAAAGUUCAUUUAUAUUUUUUUAGGGGCUGAAGGAAUGGAGACUCAUAUUUGGAACUUGCAGCCUAUGCAUAUAAUUUGUCUCCUAAAUAUAUAGAAGACUUCAAUCAAGGGAUGCAAAAGUUAACCAUGCAUGAUACAAACUAAAAAAAGGUUUAACUGACCUAAUCCCACUUGCUUAGUGUGACUAGAAUUUUAAGUUCUGUUAGAUACAAAUUAGAAAAAGGUUGAACUUACCUUAUCCCACUUGUUUGGUGUGGCUAGUGAUAAACCAUGUGAAGAUCAAUUUAUUAAUGUAAUUUAUUUAUGACUAUUGAUUUAAUAAUAUUAUACUAAGAUAUCACAAUGUAUUAGAUGCAUUUUAAGAAGGUAUGUUGUUCAAUUGUCCGUUGAGUUCUGUAGUAAAUAAUAUCUAAAUUGUAGGAGUAUAAGUGAUGUGAUAGCAAUUCCUUUUCAUUAAAUUUUCCCUCUUUGAAUUACUUUGAUUUCUAAAUAUUUCAACCUUGAUAUAAUAUUUUAUAGUUUUAGUAAUUAAGGUAAUUUAACAACAAUUAAUAUUUUUAGAUGUCACCCAAUCUUAUAUAAUGUAAGUUGUAUUUAAAUAAAUAGAAUAUAAAAGAAAUUGAGUUGCAAAUUGUGAAACAUGUUCGUAAAUUAGUGAGGGAACACUACAAGAAAAUAAUAGAUUAGCUACCAAAUUUUACUAUAAAUUAUAUUUCUAGUUGAUUUCAAGUUAAAAAACAUUUAUUUAACUCUAAUUACAUAAACAAAAUUAGAAAUGUUAAAUAUUAUCACAUACGGUGAUUUUCUAAAACAUAUUCUUUUAAAGAAAAUUAUUAUUUUAAUAAAAAAACUUUUAUUAUAAAAAAAACUCUUAUCAUAAAAAAACUCACAAAACCCUUUUCCCCAAAUCACUUUUUCCUCAAAAUCACUUUUCCUUCACAGAUGGAAAAUCUCCAUCGAAAUCACUUUUUCUGAAAUCACUUUUCUCUAUCGAAACUGUUGUUUCUCUGAUUCAAAUCACUACUUCUCCACCAUUGAAACCGCGGCUUCUCCUUCAUCAAUCGAAAUCACCGCUUCUUGUCGCAAACGUGAGGAUAAGUCUCCGAUCGGAAUCUCUGCUUCUCCAUCAUAUCGUUGCUGCAACUUUCUCUUCGGAAAUCGCUUCUUCAACUGAGAGUUUUGUGUCUUGCAUCUGAAGGUAGUGUCAUUGUACCGUGGCCUUUCACCAACAAUUCUGACAGUAUUUCCAAACUGGGCGAUUCAGCUCUGCUAUUGUACAUAUAUAUCAGACACCAUCACAAAGAAAAUAGUAUGACAUAUUGGAUAGCUCCUUGUAAUCAUGAAACCCAAUCGAAGUUGGAUGAGGCGAAGAAAGAACAAUAAUGACCAAGCAACAGAAGAAUUUAAGAAUGGAGUUGACGAAGUGGUAAAGGAGUGGGACCUACGAGCUAAAGAAAUGGAUGCAAUUACCUAUUGAGGAGAAACAUAGACUUUGGAUAUUGGCGUCUCCAUGGUUACAUAACAUUAGUCCAAGGGACAGUCUGAUGCCAAAAGACGACGAUGGUGGUUUUUUCCCAACAACUAGAAAUGAAUUAAAACAUGAAGCUAUUACUUCAACUCGUGAGUAUCGUGUAAGAGUUCUAGUAUGUGCCCCAUCAAAUUCUGCUCUUGAUGAGAUUGUGUUGCGGGUUCUCAGUGGAGGUAUCCACGAUGAAAAUGACCGAGCUUAUUGCCCGAAAAUUGUUAGGAUAGGUCUCAGAGCACACCAUUCUAUCAAGGUCGUUUCCUUGGACGAACUUGUAAUUGGUGGAAUUGAUGUGGCAGUGAGAUCAAUGAAAGGAGGUGGAAUUCGUAGAGUCAUCAUACCUCCAUCAUUUGGGUACAAAAACACAUCAGAGGAACCUAUCCCACCUAAUGCAGAGGCUGUUUACUACAAUUUUUAAUCCAACUCGACUUGCAAAUGGUGAAGGGUCUACUAUAGAGACACUUAUAUUUGAUAUUGAACUGGUUAGCACCAGGCAUAUGAAUUCAACUUGUAAGAUCCACCAAUCUAGAAAGAAACAAAUGUAUAUUUUUAUGAGGUGGUGGUCAAUUAGUAACCUUGUACAUGUAUUGAUGAAUAUACACCGAGUAUCUAAAUGCUAAUAUCAUUUUUUUAA